ACUCCCUCCCGAUUCUCCGCAUCUCAUGAUCCUGCGAGCGUCUCUAGGUGAUUUAGCGCCGCCAGUCUGAAGCAGGUGUUCAACAUGGCGAUCUCGGGACUCGGAUCUCACUCUAUUUCACUCUUUUUCUUCGUGAUUUUCGCAACGUUUCUGCAUAAAGCGCAGGGUCAGAACCUCGUGACGAAUAAUGUCUCGGUGGUCGAGGGCGAGACAGCCAUCAUCAGCUGCCGGGUGAAAAACAACGACGACUCCGUCAUCCAGCUGCUCAACCCCAACCGACAGACCAUCUACUUCAGAGACGUUAGACCCUUGAAGGACAGUCGGUUUCAGCUGGUUAACUUCUCAGACAACGAGCUGCUGGUGUCGUUGUCCAACGUGUCACUCUCGGACGAGGGACGGUACGUGUGCCAGCUCUACACGGAUCCCCCGCAAGAAGCCUACGCAGACAUCACUGUGCUGGUUCCACCAGGCAACCCAAUCUUAGAGUCCCGCGAGGAAAUCGUGAGCGAGGGGAAUGAGACCGAGAUAACCUGCACCGCCAUGGGCAGCAAGCCUGCUUCCACCAUCAAAUGGAUGAAAGGAGACCAACCACUGCAAGGUGAGGCGACUGUCGAGGAGUUAUACGACAGGAUGUUCACUGUCACCAGCCGGCUCAGGCUCACCGUCUCUAAGGAGGACGAUGGAGUGGCCGUCAUCUGCAUCAUUGACCAUCCAGCCGUGAAGGACUUCCAAGCCCAGAAAUACCUGGAAGUGCAGUAUAAACCAGAAGUGCAGAUUGUGGUGGAAUUCCCUGAGGGUUUGACCAGAGAAGGGGAAAAUCUCGAGCUGACAUGCAAAGCUAAAGGAAAACCGCACCCUCAUCAAAUUAACUGGCUCAAAGUGGAUGAUGAUUUCCCCUCCCACGCCGUGAUUACUGGCUCUGAUCUCUUCAUCGAAAACCUUAACAAGUCCUACAACGGAACGUACCGCUGUGUGGCAUCUAACUUAGUGGGAGAAGCCUAUGAUGAUUACAUCCUUUAUGUAUAUGAUGUUCUCACCACAACCCCCCCACCCACCACUACCACCAUCAACGCUUUCCAAGAUUCAAGAGCAGAUGGAGCGCCACAGAAAAUUGAUCACGCCGUCAUCGGCGGCAUUGUCGCGGUGGUUGUGUUCGCCAUGCUUUGUCUCCUGAUUGUUCUCGGACGAUAUUUUGCAAGACACAAAGGUACCUACUUUACCCAUGAAGCCAAAGGAGCGGACGAUGCCGCAGAUGCAGACACUGCCAUCAUCAACGCAGAGGGGGGACACAACAAUUCGGAUGACAAGAAGGAGUACUACAUUUAACUCUGACUAGACCUGCUAGCUUCCUGUGCUGAACAGCAAACUGUGGACUGCUGGGUUGGGAGGUAGGGGUUGUGGGUUUCAAUCAGGCUGGAUUCACACCUGUGCAGCUGAAGAGACGGUGAGGAGAAGGUGCUGCCAUCGAGACGGACGGGGUGUGGGAUGGCAGAGC